AUGGUCGACUGCCCAAUUUGUGGCAAAGGGGUUAAAGGGAAGGAUAUCAAUAACCACAUCGACUCCGGUUGCGAAUCUUACCUGGACACCACUUCCCCGCCACUGACACAGCAAAAUCCAACAUCAACCCAAAAGCCGACGAGCACACAGAAACAAGCCCCCUCAUUAUCAAACUUCUUCCAGACACCUGCCGCGAAGAAAGCUGCAUCAUAUCCCAGCCCCAAGGUAGAAGCUAGUCCAAGUCUUGCCUUUCAACUAAAGGCGCCCCGCAAUGGAACGACGGCGUCGACAACCCCAAGCCAGCCACAACGAAAACGAUCCUUCGAAGAUGGUAUAACCAAUUCAAGUUUGAAGAAGGAGGCAGAAGAUUCCAAUGGCAGCGCAGACGAUCCUCCAACGAAAAAGCCAAAAACGAAUGCCUUUCAGAAAGCACAGCCUCUCGCAGAACGUAUGCGCCCUCGGUCUCUCGACGAAUGCAUAGGACAAGAGCUGGUAGGCCCACAUGGCGUUCUGCGAGGCUUGAUUGAGAUGGACCGUAUACCUUCUAUGAUUUUAUGGGGAGGUGCCGGGACGGGAAAGACCACAAUUGCGCGCUGUAUCGCUGCCAUGGUCGGCAGCCGGUUUGUAGAAAUCAAUUCUACCAGUUCUGGAAUCGCAGAGUGCAAAAAGAUAUUUGCAGAAGCAAGAGGAGAGCUGGGAUUGACGGGUAGGAAGACGAUUCUUUUCUGCGACGAGAUACAUCGAUUCUCGAAAACGCAGCAGGAUUGUUUUCUCGGGCCAGUCGAGAAUGGUCAAAUUACUCUUAUUGGGGCCACCACAGAAAACCCGUCUUUCAAAGUUCAGAAUGCGUUACUAUCGCGAUGUCGAACCUUCACACUUCAAAAGCUGACUGACGAUGAUAUAUUUCAAAUUUUAGAGCGGGCUAUUAAGUCUGAGGGAGAAAAGGUUCCAAAGGAUCUCAUUGAUUCGGAGUUCCUCAAAUACCUUGCUACGUUUUCAGAUGGAGAUGCACGUACAUCUUUGAAUCUCCUUGAGUUAGCCAUGUCCCUAGCUGCGAGACCCUCAAUUACCAAAGAAGAAAUUAAGUCAUCGCUCACGAAAACGCUCGUCUACGACAGGGCAGGGGAUCAACACUACGAUACUAUUUCAGCAUUUCAUAAGUCUGUGCGAGGCAGUGAUCCAGAUGCUGCUCUCUAUUACCUCGCUCGUAUGCUUCAGUCUGGUGAAGAUCCACUGUACGUUGCUAGGAGAAUGGUCGUCGUUGCCUCAGAAGAUGUCGGUCUUGCUGAUAACAGCCUUCUCACUCUCGCAACCAGUACUUAUACGGCCGCUGAAAAGAUUGGAAUGCCAGAGUGUAGGAUAGCUCUAGCACAUUGUGCCGUGGCGUUGUGCCUAGCUCCUAAGAGUACAAGAGCAUACCGAGGGCUGAACAAUGCAUACGCUGCAUUGCGUGAACCGGGAGUCGCAAGUCUACCGAUUCCGAUACAUUUACGGAAUGCGCCUACCAAACUAAUGAAAGAAUUGGGGUAUGGCGAUCAAUACAAAUAUAACCCCAAUUAUAAAGAAGGGAAGGUGGUGCAGGAGUACAUGCCAGAACAGUUACAAGGACGAAAGUUUUUGGAGGAACGGGAUUUGGGGACGGAGAUUGAUCCUAGGGCAUGGAAAUGA